UCAAGCCUGGCAAGUAGCAACCCCAGAAAAUGGAAAGAAGCCCCAACAGAUAGAAGAAAUUUUACCCAACACGGUACUGUUUUCUCUCUCUCUCUACUCAAAAACCAUAGGCGCACGCAAACAGACAUUGCGGUUGAGAUCAGAAACGAAGAUUUGCGAUGGAUCUGAGCGAGGAUGUCAGGGCUGCGCACAAGAGGACUUUUCUCAAAUUUUUCGAACAAACUGAGUAUAACAUUGAGCUAAAAAAAUCACUCGACUUAAUGUUUACUCAAAAUCGCCGCCGUUGUAUCGUUAACCUUUCUCAUUUCUACCACCAUCGAGAAGGCGCUGAUUUAGCUCGCAGGCUUUUGCAGACUCCAAGCGAGUAUAUGCAGCCGCUCUGUGAUGCAGUCACGGACAUGGCACGGAGCAUGAAUGCCAAGUAUCUGAAGGAAGGAGAGCAAAUUUUGGUUGGGCUUGAGGGUCCUUUUGUUUCACGGAGGGUGACACCGAGAGAGCUUUUGUCUGGGUUUAUUGGUUCCAUGGUCUGCGUCGAGGGCAUUGUUACCAAAUGUUCUCUUGUUAGGCCAAAGGUUGUUAAGAGUGUCCACUUCUGCCCUGUUACUGAGAAAUUCACAGUGCGUGAAUACAGAGACAUUACAUCUAAUAUGGGGUUGCCUACUGGUUCAGUGUAUCCAACUCGAGAUGACAAUGGCAACUUGUUGGUAACUGAGUAUGGGCUGUGCACUUAUAAGGACCACCAGACAUUAUCAAUGCAAGAAGUUCCAGAAAACUCGGCUCCUGGUCAACUUCCUCGGACGGUGGACAUUAUUGUGGAAGACGAUUUGGUAGAUUCAUGCAAACCUGGAGACCGUGUGGCCAUUGUAGGGAUAUACAAAGCCCUCCCUGGAAAAAGCAAAGGCGGUGUGAAUGGAGUAUUCAGGACUGUUCUCAUAGCCAACAAUGUCUCUCUUCUCAACAAAAUGUCACACAACUUACAGUAUUCAAGUGAAGACAUGAAAAACAUUAGAAAGAUAUCUGAAAGAGAUGAUGCAUUCGACCUACUUGCUAAUUCUUUAGCGCCUUCUAUAUAUGGGCAUCUGUGGAUAAAGAAGGCAGUUAUCUUAUUGAUGCUUGGUGGGAAUGAGAAAAACUUGAAAAAUGGAACCCACUUGAGGGGUGAUAUAAACAUGAUGAUGGUUGGUGAUCCGUCUGUUGCCAAGUCUCAGUUGUUGAGAGCCAUCAUGAAUAUUGCUCCUCUAGCCAUAUCAACCACUGGUCGAGGUUCUUCUGGUGUUGGAUUGACAGCUGCAGUCACUUCUGAUCAAGAAACAGGGGAGCGGAGACUAGAAGCUGGUGCCAUGGUUCUUGCUGAUAGAGGAGUUGUUUGCAUUGAUGAGUUUGAUAAGAUGAAUGAUCAAGAUCGUGUUGCGAUACAUGAAGUGAUGGAGCAGCAAACCGUGACAAUUGCCAAAGCUGGUAUUCAUGCAUCACUGAAUGCUCGGUGCAGUGUGGUGGCUGCUGCAAACCCAAUAUAUGGAACUUAUGACCGUUCCUUAACUCCAACCAAAAAUAUUGGGCUUCCGGAUUCUCUGCUUUCACGUUUUGAUUUGCUGUUUAUCGUGUUGGAUCAAAUGGAUCCUGGGGUUGAUCGUCAGAUUUCUGAACAUGUCUUAAGGAUGCAUCGGUACCGUUCAGUGGUUGAUGGAGGCACAAGAUUAGAUGAUAGUUCAAGACAUGAUGGUGAGGAUGAUUCAGAAACUGGUUCUUCUGUUUUUAUCAAAUACAACAGAAUGCUACAUGGAAGAAGAUCUGACAAGGGUCGUAAACGUGAUACUCUCACUAUCAAUUUUCUUAAGAAGUACAUCCAUUAUGCAAAAAACAGGAUUCAGCCUGAGCUCACUGAUGAGGCAUCUGAACACAUAGCAACUGCAUAUGCAGAGCUCAGGAGUGCAAGUUCAAAUGUAAAGACAGGAGGCACACUUCCAAUCACUGCUAGAACCUUGGAAACAAUAAUUCGUCUAUCAACUGCUCAUGCGAAACUGAGGUUGCGGAGACAGGUUCUGAAGUCUGAUGCUGAAGCUGCCCUUAAAGUUCUAAACUUUGCCAUAUAUCAUCAAGAGCUGAAUGAAAUGGAGGAGCGUGAGCAAGACAGACAAAACGAAAUGGAGACCGAAGCUGAUAAUAGUGGUAGAGCUCGUAAUAGGGGUGGAAGAAACAUGACCAACAAUGGUAGCUCUACUGCCACGACUGGUGAUACGGAAGCGAUGGACGUUGAUGCACCUCCAGCAGACAAACUCAACAUAACACCAGAGAGAUUGGAGGCAUUCAGUGCUGCUCUAGGGAAGUAUAGACAUGCACAACAUGUGGAACAAAUGCCAAUUUCUGAUAUUGAGGGGGUUGUUAACAGUGGAGCAGCUGUUCCUUACUCAUCGACAGAGAUUAUGUCCCUUUUGGAGAUUAUGCAUGAGAAAGGCAGCUUGAUGAUAUCUAAGGACACCAAUGUAGUUUACUUCAUGUGAGGAGUUUAUCGACAGGCACCAUCUAACUUUUGCGGGUCUCAAAAUGGUUGAAAAUGUUGCAUUGAUAGAUUUUAUCAGAUACCAACCAAUGGCAAUUAGAGUUGCACUGUAAAACAUGCAUUCCGCUGAAUGGGUUUUUAUUUCUUCAAGUUCCA